AUGAAAAAAUUGAAAAAACUUUUACAGGGACCAAGAGAGCAGGAAGGAACAACCCUAUCAGAUCAAGCUGAAGUCAAAAGAAAAGAAACUAAAGUACUCCCACCUUUAGUGAAUGCCAUAACAACAUCAGUCAAGAAAAAUGCAGCACCUUUAAAUUUUCCAGGUCAUAAAAGAGGCAUAGCUGCACCAUCUUCACUAGUUGAUGCUAUCGGUAUUGGUCCCUUUCUUCAUGAUGCAACUGAGCUCCCAGAGCUUGAUAGUUUUGGUUAUCCAAUUGGACCAUUAUUAGAUGCACAACAAAUGACUGCUAACCUCUUUGGUGCAUCUCAAACAUGGUUCUUAGUUUGUGGGACAACUUGUGGAAUUUUAGCAGCAAUUAUGUCAACUUGUUCACAUGGUGAUACUUUAAUCCUUGCAAGAAACUCACAUGUUUCAGCCGCUUCAGCAACGGUGCUUUGUGGUGCUCAACCAAAGUACAUUCUUCAUGAACAUAAUCUUCGAUGGGAUAUUGCUGGAGGCGUUACCCCCUUACAGGUGAAAAUAGCAAUUGAAGAACUGGAACAGAAAGGCAAAAAGGCAGCAAGAGUUUUUAUUACAUCACCAACUUAUAAUGGGCUCUUUCUCAAGGAGCAGAUCUUGUCAUACAAUCUACACACAGUUUUGUGCUCAUUUUCCCAAUCAUCAAUGCUACACUUAUUCGGGGAUCGCAUCGAUAGAGAUAGAGUGCACAAAUGUCUUCAAUCUUUACAAACCACUAGUCCAAAUUGGCUUUUAUUAGCUUCCUUGGAUGCAACUAGAGAUGAAUUAAGUAAAAAUCCAAACACCCUUUUCAAUGAAGUAAUGGAACUAGUCCAACAAGUGAAAGAACUAAUAAACCACAUUCCUGGAGUCUCACUUUUCGAUCUCUCAUGUUUCUCCAACAACUUCUCUUAUAUGGACCCUUUGAGGAUGACAAUUGGUGUACAAGAACUUGGCUUGUCAGGUUUAGAAGCAUAUAACAUAUUGUCAGCAAGUCAUGGAAAUCAGCCAGAACUUAUUGGAACUCAAUCUUUCACAUUAGCCUUUAGCUUAGGAACAACUAAAGACCAUACUCAAAGACUUGCUAAUGGAUUGAAGUAUUUAUCAAACAACUUCUUUCAAGAAGAAAUGGAGAUUAUCGAAAAGAAGAGUCAACUAUAUCAUGGUAUAGAAAGGUUGCCAUUGGGAGAAGUUUACAUGAGUUGUACACCAAGAGAAGCCUUUUUUGCUAGGAAAAAGAAAGUGAAUUUUGAAAAAAGUAUUGGGGAAGUUUGUGGAGAAUUUAUUUGCCCUUUCCCUCCAGGUAUCCCAGUGCUAAUCCCAGGUGAAAUCAUCACAAAGAGAGCUAUGGAUUAUCUUGUUCAAGUUAGGGACCAAGGAGCUUUUCUUAAAGGGGCUGUUGAUCCUCUACUUAGCACUGUGGUUGUUUGUGAUUUUUGA